GCUGUCGUUUUUAUGCGUCUAUGGACCCUCGGAAAUAACGACAUUACAAUAACGGCUGUAUUUGUAAAUGAUUUUGAAGCUGAUUUCGUUGCACUGAUUACAGACAAACGUUAAUCAUGAACCUGGAAUUGCUCGAGUCCUUCGGGCAGAAUUACCCAGAGGAGGCAGAUGGCACCCUGGACUGUAUCAGCAUGGCCCUCACCUGUACCUUUAACCGCUGGGGCACCCUGCUCGCCGUGGGCUGCAACGACGGCCGCAUCGUCAUCUGGGACUUUCUCACCCGCGGCAUUGCCAAAAUCAUCAGCGCCCACAUACACCCCGUCUGCUCGCUCUGCUGGAGUAGAGACGGCCACAAGCUGGUCAGUGCCUCUACCGACAACAUCGUGUCCCAGUGGGACGUCCUCACAGGGGACUGUGAUCAGAGGUUUCGCUUCCCCUCGCCCAUCCUCAAGCUGCAGUAUCAUCCACGGAACCUGGACAAAGUCCUGGUGUGUCCCAUGAAGUCGGCACCAGUGCUGCUCACCCUGUCGGACUCUAAACACGUGGUACUGCCCGUGGAUGACGACUCGGAUCUCAACGUGGUGGCAGCGUUCGACCGGCGUGGGGAGUACAUAUACACCGGCAACGCCAAGGGGAAGAUCCUGGUGCUGAAGACAGACACCCAGGAUUUGGUGGCUUCAUUUAGAGUGACCACGGGGACCAGCAACACAACUGCGAUCAAGUCCAUCGAGUUUGCACGCAAAGGCAGCUGCUUCCUCAUCAACACGGCGGACCGGAUCAUCAGGGUGUACGAUGGGCGAGAGAUCCUGACCUGUGGACGGGACGGAGAGCCAGAGCCCAUGCAGAAACUCCAGGACCUCGUCAACAGGACGCCCUGGAAGAAGUGCUGUUUCUCAGGCGACGGGGAGUACAUCGUGGCCGGCUCAGCCCGCCAGCACGCCCUCUACAUCUGGGAGAAGAGCAUCGGGAACCUGGUGAAGAUCCUGCACGGCACCCGUGGGGAGCUGCUGCUGGACGUGGCGUGGCACCCGGUGCGACCCAUCAUCGCCUCCAUCUCAAGCGGAGUGGUGUCCAUCUGGGCCCAGAACCAAGUGGAAAACUGGAGCGCCUUCGCCCCAGACUUCAAGGAGCUGGACGAGAACGUGGAGUACGAGGAGAGGGAGUCGGAGUUCGACAUCGAGGACGAGGACAAGAGCGAGCCGGAGCAGAUGGGUGCAGACGCAGCGGAGGAUGAGGAGGUGGAUGUGACUUCGGUGGACCCCAUCAUGGCCUUCUGCAGCAGUGACGAGGAGCUGGAGGACUACAAGGCCCUGCUGUACCUGCCCAUCGCGCCAGAGGUGGAGGACCCCGAAGAGAACCCCUUCGGGCCCCCGCCCGACGCGGCCGGCCAGACCACCCCCGCAGAGGACGGCUCCAGCCACUCCGGGGGCGGGGAGAAGAAGCAGCGCCAGCCCUCGGCCGAGGGGGCCCCGCCCAAGAAGAAGGCCCGCACCACCACAAUCGAGCUCCAGGGCGUCCCUAGCGACGAAGUGCACCCUCUGCUGGGCGUGAAGGGUGACAGCAAGUCCAAGAAGAAGACGGCGGGCCGGCCGAAGGGAUCGAAAGGUAAAGAGAAAGAUUCUCCCUUUAAAGCCAAACUCUACAAGGGGGACAGAGGGUUCCCUGUGGAAGGAGAAGGAGGAGGCGGGGCGAGGGGCAAAGUGCAGGCGGAAGCGGGACUGUCCGCUGCAGGGGGUUUGGGUCCGCCAUCAUACAAACAGCUGGACGUCCAGGGGUUGGAUUGAAAACAUGAACCACAGUGCCUCCUGGGGGCCGGAGGUCAAAAGAGCACCGCUUUCCUCAUCAUCCCCAAUUUACAGGAACCCAGCGGCAAUUGACAUUCAGUCUCUUCCGUCCUCUGACAUUGUGCUCAGGAGGUAUUGCCCCUUACCCGGAGGUAGCCCACCAUUACCACUGCGACUGCUUUCACCUCCUCGGCCCCUGGGUGUUCCAGACUGUGGUCUCGUGUGGAGCGCACUGCCAGAGACAGCGCCUGUGUCUCAACAAGACUCUCACAUUGUGUUGGCAAACACACGAGCGCUGUCGUACCCUCCUCUGUAAGCAGCAGGGGUGACGAUAGACCAUCUGAACAUGAAUCUCAAAUAGAACUUUCCUCAAGUCAAUAGCGGAAUCUUCUUUUUCUUGGGAGGUUGUUUAUGACAAGAAGAAUCUACGUCAUCUUUAUCUAUUUUUAAAAACAUUUCUGGACACUUCUUACCUGUAUUUUUUUUCCUCCUUUUUAUGAUUUGCUUUUUUAUGAUGGUAAAAGAACUGUAUGACUGUCAAUUUUCUGCCUGUAAAGUCUACUCAUUACUGUACCAG